AUGAAUGGGAGAAGUGUUUGGCGCGAAGAGGAUGCGGAGACAAGCUUGUCUCACCCUCCAAAGCGACAAAAGACUUUCCACCAUGACAGUUCAUCCAACUCACGGCACGAUCAUUACACCAUCGCCUGGAUCUGCGCGCUGCACAUAGAGAUGGCAGCAGCUCGGGCCAUGCUGGAUGAGGUUCAUGAAGCCCUACCCAGGCAUGCAGACGAUAACAACACCUACGUACUGGGGAGCAUCAAGCGGCACAAUAUCGUCAUUGCGUGCUUGCCAGCAGACCAGUAUGGAAUAAAUAACGCGGCGAACGUCAUGACAAAUAUAAAGCGAACCUUCUCCGCUAUCCGCGUGGGCUUGAUGGUCGGGAUUGGUGGUGGCGUGCCGAGCAAGGUUGAUGUGCGCUUAGGUGACGUUGUCAUCGGAACAAGGGUGAUGCAGUAUGAUCUUGGGAAAGUCAUUGGAGAUGGACAGUUCCAGCGAACAGCAAUCCCUAGAAUUCCUCACCACUUGCUUGGGACAGCCGUGUCCGCGCUCCGCUCAAAACACGAGCUGGACCCCAGUCGAGUCCCAUCCAUCCUCCGGCUGAAGCUGGAAGGACACCCUGAGUACAGCCGCCCGAGCUCCCCUGAUCGACUCUUCCACGCGACGUAUGAUCAUGAAUCUACAACGGCCAGCUGUGACGGAUGUGACCAGUCAAAGCUGGUUCCACGAAGCAGACGAAAGUCGAAUGAUAUAAUGAUUCAUUACGGCGCGAUCGCCUCAGGGAACCAAGUCAUGAGAAGCGGCACGACCCGGGACAACGUUGCGCGACAACUGGAUGUCAUAUGUUUCGAAAUGGAGGCUGCUGGUCUGAUGGACAUUCUCCCCUGUCUCCCAAUUCGGGGAAUAUGCGACUACUCAGAUUCUCACAAGAGCAAGGAAUGGCAGAGGUAUGCUGCAGCAACCGCGGCCGCAUAUGCCAGGGAAUUGCUCGAGGAGCUACCCAUGGCCGAAGCAGAUGCAAGAGUUACCUGCAUGCCCAAUCCUCAUCAAUGUUCAUUGCACGAACGCCGGCAGCGCUUACUAGAUUCCCUCAGGUUCGAGCAAAUCAAUUCUCGUAAAUCAAGCAUCAGAACCGCCCUCGCCAAAACAUGUCGAUGGUUUCUCAGCCACCCUGACUACCAAGCAUGGCUUGAUCCCGGAAAACUAACGCAACACCAUGGCUUUUUGUGGAUCAGUGGCAAGCCUGGCGCGGGCAAGUCAACAAUCAUGAAGUUCGCAUACUCAAGCAUGAAGAGCAAAUCCCGCUACAAGCCUGCUAUCACUGCUUCCUUUUUCUUCAACGCUCGAGGGGAAUAUCUGGAAAAGUCGAUCUUAGGGAUGUACCGAUCACUGCUGCUCCAGCUGCUUGAAGGGUACCCUGAUCUCCAGGCAGUUUUAGACGACCCCGACGUUAUUUCCUUUAGUCAGAAUGGGUGCCCUUCCUUGAAUGUUCUCAAGGAUCUCUUUCGCAGCGCAGUUUCUGCCCUCGGUCAACGCUCAUUUACCUGCUUCAUCGAUGCUCUUGAUGAGUGUGACGAACAGCAAGUUAUGGACAUGGUCCAAUACUUUGAAGAGCUGGCAGAACAAUCCACAAAUCAAGGUGUCCUGCUCCGAAUCUGUUUCUCCAGUAGACAUUAUCCCUACAUAGUCAUUCAACGGGGAAUCCGACUUACACUGGAGGAUCAGUCAGGUCAUGGUGAAGACUUGGCAACCUACGUCGAAAGAUGCCUCCGAAUCGACGACCCUGCGCUUCUCGAAGAGCUGCGACCUCAGCUUCUCAGGAAAGCUGCUGGUGUUUUCAUGUGGAUUGUCCUAGUCAUUGAUAUUCUGAACAACGAAUAUCAACAUAAUCCACUGGCUUUGAGAAAGAGACUCGCGGAAACACCGAGUGAUUUAAGCGAACUGUUCAAGGACAUCCUUAGGCGUGACAAUAAGAAUAUGGAGGGUUUCUUGCUUUGCAUUCUCUGGAUUCUCUUUGCAAAGCGGCCUUUGCAACCGAAGGAGUUCUACCAUGCUCUCUGGUCUGGUUUGUCACUGGAAGAUCUGGCUGAUGCGCAAAUCCCAGAUGUCACCGUCCCAGAUGCCUCUGACAGCCUUAACAGAUUUAACAGAUGUGUUAUCAGCUCCUCAAAAGGUCUUGCUGAGAUCACAAAAUCUAAGCAGCCGACAGUUCAAUUCAUCCAUGAAUCCGUCCGAGACUUUCUCGUCAAAGAAAGAGGUCUGCGUGAAUUGUGGCCUGAUCUUGGAUUUAAUUGGGAGAGCUCAAGCCAUGAGAAACUCAAACAAUGUUGCGACUCAUACAUGAAUCAUCCCUUAGUGCGUGCGUCUGUUAGUAAGCUGCUGUCAGGGGCCAAACCCAACCCACGGACAGGAAUCUUAAGGGAGUACCCAUUUUUGGAGUAUGCCAGUCAGCAUGUUCUCUAUCAUGCUAAUGCUGCGGCGGAAGCAGUUCCUCAGGAUGAGUUUCUAUCUCAUUUUCCCAUGUCCAACUGGAUCAAUGUCAACCAUCUUUUUGAAAAGUUCAAGGUUCGAGAAUACAGCCCGUAUGCGAGUCUCUUCUAUAUCCUCGCAGACAAAGGAUUCUCGGAGCUCAUCCGCACAAGGUUCAAAAAGGAUCCGCAUAUUCAUGUUUUCGGAGAGAGAUACGGGUACCCGCUGUUUGCCGCUUUAGCCAACGGUAACAAAGACGUCGUUGCUGCACUUCUGAACUCGCCUUCAAGUGCGCGCAAUGGAGUUGAUAUUACAGAGGGUCUGAACUACAGGAAAGACUUGAAACAAUACGCAGAUCAAACACCACUAUCCUGGGCUGCGCAGGAAGGUCGGAUAAGCAUUGUCAAGCUGCUUCUCCAGACAGAGACGACCGUUGAUGACGUGGAUGAGAUGUGCCGAACACCACUGUCACGCGCCUCAGAGAAUGGCCAUGAGGCGGUAGCAAAGCUGCUUAUUGACAAGGGAGCAGAUGUUAAUGCUAGUGAUAAUGGUGGAUGCACUCCACUGUCAUACACCUCAUGGAAGGGCCAUGAGGUAAUAGCAAAGCUGCUUAUCAAUAAGGGAGCAGAUGUCAAUGCCAGGGACAAUUGGGGAUGCACUCCACUAUCACAGGCCUCAGCGAAGGGCUAUGAGGCAGUAGCAAAGCUGCUUAUUGAUAAGGGAGCAGAUGUCAAUGCCAGGAACAAUUGGGGAGGGACUCCACUAUUAGGCGCCUCAGACAAGGGCUAUGAGGCAGUAGCAAAGCUGCUUAUUGAUAAGGGAGCAGAUAUGGUUGCCGCAUUUCACAUUGACGCAUUGGUCUUGUGUUGUUGUAAGGAAAUGCUGCCAAUUGAUGAGUUAAAGCGAUUUGUGUCUUCGGAUGCAGAAGAGCAUAUUCGUCAGGUGAUACAACGACAAGAUGACGAAGACCGUCGGAAGAUCCUGGAUUGGCUUACGCCAAUCGACUACGGUCCUCAGCAGAGCCACUAUUUCAAUCACCGGCAACCGGGAACUUGCCAAUGGCUUCUAUACCCUACCGGGUACCAGGCUUGGCUGAAGGCAAGUAAGCGGACGCUAUUUUCUCCAGGCAUUCCUGGAGCUGGAAAGACGGUUAUGGCAGCUACCGUCAUCGACGACCUAAGCGCACGAGUGUCGGAGAUUUUCCAACUUCAAGCUCAGUGCGACGCUAGUCUGAUUGCUACUUCAAGGUUUAUUCCUGAGAUUGUAGAGACUUUCAAAGGGAGCACAUCAUGA